AGGAGAGCAAGAGAGAAACAGGAGGCAAGGUGGGAGACGAGGAGUAGAGCGCCGAGAGAGAGAGAGAGAGAGAGAGAGAGAGAGAGAGAGAGAGAGAGAGAGAGAGAGAGAGAGAGAGAGAGAGAGAGAGAGAGAGAGAGAGAGAGAGAGAGAUUCUAAAUGUGGACUCCAGGUUUGCAGUCGCAUCUUAAAGGAUAGUCUAAUUCCGCACGCUCUCUUGCCUCUCUGUUUUCCUUUCUCGCGCAACCUCCGGCCAGGUCUGUGGACGCAAGGUGAGGUGUGAGUGGCGCACGUGCUCAUCGGCUGCUCCCGACCCGACGCACUGUCUGGCGCUAGCGCUCUCACAUCGGUCGCAGCGUUUCCCCCUCUCUCCACUCUUCCCUCUUCCCUCCUCCCCCCCGACCGACUUCUCAAUCGCCAGAAAGCCAGCCACUACAACUUGUGGGACCGUGCGUGCGUGACUCUUGAAACGAGAUGCACCCAGGCGCCAGGAUGGGGCGCAGAUGGACACCGCUACAUACGAUUUUCACCUGGCUGCUCGCGACACUAACGACCGCUCAUGCAGCAGAUCCCAUUGACAUGCUGAAGAUUUUGGACCUAUCAGAAACAAUGGAGGGCGUGUCGCUGGAGGCGGGGCUUUGCACAAGCAGGCAAGGCGCAGAGGAGCCAGAUCUCUCCUACAAGAUCGACAAGAAAAUCCAACUCAGCGUCCCCACCAAUCAGAUCUUCCCAGACGGCGUGUUCCCAGUCGACUUCACGGUGGCCGCGACGGUGCGAGCCAAGCGUGGUGCCCAGUGCUUCCUGUUGUCGGUCUACACCAGCGAGGGGGUGCAGCAGCUGGGCCUGGAGCUGGGCCGCUCCCCCGUCUUCCUGUACGAGGACCAGUACGGCCAGCCCACCCCCGAACACUACCCCACCUUCAAGCGCGUCAACCUGGCCGACGGGAAGUGGCAUCGGUUGGCCUACAGUGUCGAGGGUCAAACAGUCACACUCUACCUGGACUGUGAGAAGAUCGACACCCUUGACCUCCCCAGGGAUUAUGAACCAGUGGUCAGCACCGACGGCGUCACCGUGUUCGGCACCCGGCUACUGGACGAGGAAGUGUUCGAGGGGGAGAUUCAGCAGCUUCUGAUCAUCCCUGACCCUGCUGCCGCUGCUGACUACUGCCAGAACUUCAUCCCCGACUGUGAACUUGCCUCAACGUACACACUGUCACUGGACAAAGAGGAGAUAGAGACGCCGAGACGCAAGGCGGUGGUGGAGGAGUUUGAGGAGGAGUACCAUGGCAGCUACGAUGAGGACAUCGCCGUCUCCUCCGUUACCGUGGGACCCAACAUCACUGAAUAUGAGAUCAUCGAGUAUGGGGAGUAUGAGAACGUAACGGAGGAGUAUGAAGUGAAGGAGUAUGAAGUCUAUGAGGAAUAUGAUGAUGGCUACGGCCUGGUGGACAGAGGAUAUCCAGAGAUCUGGGAAGGGGAGGAAUCCUCCGUACCAGAGAAGGGACAAAAAGGAGAACCUGCAUUUUUCGGAGAGGGCUUCCUAAUUGAAGGACCCCAUGGGCCUAUCGGACCUGAGGGACCCCCAGGUGAGCAGGGCCCAACUGGAACCGUAGGGCCAAGAGGAGACCCAGGUGAACAGGGGCCUGAAGGAAGACAGGGGAUGGCUGGUGCAGACGGCAUACCUGGCCCUCCAGGCACCAUGCUGAUGUUACCGUUCCAGUUUGGAGGUGAUGCCCUUAAGGGUCCUCCUGUCUCUGCCCAGGAGGCCCAAGCACAGGCCAUCUUGCAGCAGACCAAGCUCUCCCUCAAGGGACCUCCAGGACCACUUGGCCUUAUGGGUCGACCCGGACCAUUGGGUUCACCAGGGCCCAGAGGCCUGAAGGGGACGAGUGGAGAAACGGGACCCACAGGUCCCCGUGGUAUGCCUGGUCCACCAGGUCUGAAUGGAAGAGCUGGGAAGAGGGGGCGUGCUGGUACUGAUGGUAGCCGAGGAGAGCCAGGGGAGACAGGAACAAAGGGUGACAGAGGCUUUGAUGGUUUACCUGGUCUCCCUGGUAACAAAGGCCAUAGGGGUGAGUCUGGUAAGAAGGGAGCGAUGGGACCAGUUGGACUUCCUGGAGAGAAGGGGUCAGAUGGUCAUUCGGGACCGAGGGGUCAGCCAGGAGACAUUGGUUCGCGGGGAAUGCCUGGGCCAAGGGGAAACGCUGGACCCCCUGGACAAUCUGGUAUCCGCGGCAUCGACGGAGUGCAGGGGUCAAAGGGGAACAUGGGUACUCCAGGAGACUCGGGAGCUCCAGGGCAACAAGGAAACCCAGGAUUUCUGGGUUUCCCCGGCCCCCAGGGACCCAUUGGACUACCAGGGGAUAAGGGACCACAUGGGAAAAAAGGGAUGAAGGGCCUGCCAGGCAUUGACGGACCUCCGGGUCACCCAGGGAGGGAGGGACCACCUGGAGAGAAAGGGCUUCCGGGCCCUUCUGGAGUUCAAGGCCCCGUUGGAUAUCCUGGGGCUCGUGGCGUGAAGGGAGCAGAUGGUCUUCGUGGCCUGAAGGGAAGCAAAGGGGAGAAGGGAGAAGAUGGUUUCCCUGGAACUAAAGGAGAGAUGGGAACAAAAGGAGACAUCGGUGACACUGGGGGUAAUGGGCCCCGUGGUGAGGACGGUCUGGAGGGCCCCAAAGGUCAGUCGGGCCCCCUGGGAGAGGCCGGCCCACUGGGAAUCGCUGGAGAGAAGGGUAAGCUGGGAGUUCCAGGGUUGCCAGGCUACCCAGGAAGACAGGGUCCCAAGGGAGGAGACGGUUUCCCCGGAGUGGUCGGCAUAGCUGGCGAGAAGGGCAAAAAAGGGCCACAAGGAUCACCAGGAAUUGCUGGACAAAGAGGGCCCAACGGCGCUCGUGGAGCCAGAGGAGCAAGAGGUCCAACAGGAAAGACAGGGUUAAAGGGGUCAUCUGGACAUGAUGGUCCACCAGGACCAACUGGAGAUAGAGGGCCCCAAGGACCUCAGGGAAGAAAUGGGGAGCCAGGACCAAAGGGUCCCAAUGGCCCCAAUGGUAAAGAUGGAUUACCAGGACACCCAGGCCAGCGGGGGGAGCCGGGCUUCCAAGGAAAGACAGGUCCUCCUGGGCCUGGAGGUGUGGUCGGACCACAGGGUAACUCAGGUGAAACUGGACCAAUGGGAGACCGGGGUCACCCGGGGUCACCUGGCCCACCUGGAGAGCAGGGCUUACCUGGCACGGCGGGCAAAGAAGGAGCCAAGGGUGACCCUGGCCUGCCAGGUACCUCAGGAAAGGCCGGCCCUGCUGGGCUACGAGGAUUCAGAGGCAGCCGAGGAGCUCCGGGAGCCAUGGGCCCCGGUGGAUUGAAAGGAGGAGAGGGACCAGUGGGUGUCUCUGGACCUAUGGGGGCGACAGGUGAGAGAGGUCCCCCUGGAAGGGUUGGUGCCAUUGGACAACCGGGACUCACCGGCUCCCUUGGAGGACCCGGACCAGCUGGAGAGAAGGGAGAACCAGGAGAGAAGGGUCCCAUCGGGCCGGCGGGACAGGACGGGGACCAGGGACCAGGGGGCCCACCAGGGGUAACCGGCCCAGCCGGACCUCCGGGAGAGGACGGAGACAAGGGGGAGGGCGGAGGACCGGGUCAAAAGGGAAGCAAAGGAGACAAAGGAGAAUCGGGUCCAGCAGGAGCGUAUGGUGGACAGGGGCCAGUAGGACAGCCUGGAUUACCUGGUGUGGAUGGUGCUGCAGGUGUGCCAGGCCAGAUGGGCAUGAGGGGCUCGAAGGGAGACGAGGGACUCAGAGGACACAAGGGCUCAUCUGGACCCGUAGGACUACAGGGAAUGCCAGGACCUCCAGGGGAGAAGGGAGAGAGUGGACACGCGGGACUGGCGGUGAGUAAUCUGAUGGUUUUGUAA